CACAGAGGGAGGCCAACACCGAAACUUGCUCUCAGUUUCAUAAACAAAUAGCAAAGCUCCCGCUUGUGAAGAAUAAAUACGAGACGAAGACCAAGGGAAACAGAAAUAAGCGUUGGAGAAGCCUCUCCUUCCACUUUCAUUGGAUAACGGGAUUUCAUGGUCUUGCUUCUGCUAAGCCUUGUUAUCCCGUUACCCAAUCCACUCAAUUCUUCUUCUUCCUCUACUUGAUUCAUGGGAGAAUAGCGGGAUUGAAAGGAUUUGCUUGCUGGAUGUGAUUGAUUUCUCUAACCUAUUGAUGCAUCUUAUUAUUAGUAGUAUUAAAGAGGAGGAUCGGCUUGUGAACUUGCCCAAUUCUUUUCUGGGUUUUCUCACGCCAUCGAAUUUACCUUUUGAACGAAAGGCCUUCUCAUUUUGUAUCCGUAGAGAUAGAUUGGAUAAGGAGUUUUUCAAGCUGCAGGGUGGCUAAUUGUUGAUUCGUCGACUUCACUAAUUUAUUGGUUUUUGAGUUUGGAUUCAAUUGGAAUUUUUUAAAAUGGAUUCUACACAAGGGUCUGCAUUGUCUGCUAAUGUGGCCAGUUUGGUUGAUGGUUCACAUGCUGGCCAACAGUUCUCUUACAUUGAUACUAUGCCUGUUUAUGUUAAGGAGCUUAUUGCUGGUGGUGCUGCAGGAGGAUUUGCCAAGACUGCUGUUGCACCUCUUGAAAGGACUAAAAUACUCUUGCAGACAAGAACUGAAGGAUUUCAAUCUCUUGGGGUGUCUCAGUCAUUGAAGAAAAUAUUAAAGCAUGAGGGAAUAUAUGGCUUUUAUAGGGGAAAUGGAGCUAGUGUCAUUCGGAUUGUUCCUUAUGCUGCCUUACACUUCAUGACAUAUGAGCGGUACCGUGGUUGGAUCUUGAAUAAUUGUCCUGCUUUAGGCUCAGGGCCUGUUGUAGAUUUAUUAGCUGGUUCAGUGGCUGGAGGAACAGCUGUUAUGUGCACAUAUCCCUUGGAUUUGGCUCGCACUAAACUUGCUUAUCAGGUUUCGGACACAAGUGCAAGUUACAGAUCCAGCAUGAGAAGUGUAUGUGCUCAACCUGCUUGUGGUGGCCUAAAAGAUGUACUUACAAGUGUUCACAAGGAAGGGGGAACACGUGCACUGUAUCGAGGAAUAGGUCCUACAAUUAUCGGGAUCCUUCCUUAUGCUGGUUUGAAGUUCUACGUUUAUGAGGAACUUAAGUGUCACAUUCCUGAAGAGCAUCAAAAGUCCAUUGUGAUGCGUCUUUCAUGUGGAGCUCUUGCUGGAUUGUUUGGGCAGACCGUCACAUACCCAUUAGAUGUUGUUAGGAGACAGAUGCAGGUUGAACAUUUGCAACCUUCAAUUCAAGGUCAUGUUAGAUACCGAAGCACGUGGGAUGGCCUGUCCAAAAUUGUCCGAAAUCAAGGAUGGAAACAGUUAUAUGCUGGCUUGAGCAUUAAUUAUAUCAAGAUUGUUCCCUCUGUGGCUAUUGGCUUUACUGCAUAUGACAUGAUGAAGAUUUGGCUUCGAAUUCCACCUCGACAGAAGUCGCAAUCUGGAUAAGUCUCUGAUCAAUUAACUUAACAACUACCUGAAACAGCUUGUACUAGUCAUUAGUGAUACCUAUUUGUUGUGCAAAUGUAAAAUGGGUCAGACAAGCAUAUGAAAGGGUAUCUAUGUAGGUGUGAAGGCUCAGCAAAAUUAUGUAUAGUUAUGAUUGUCAAAUUGUCUGAGCAGAAUUAGUUUAUGCUGAUCAAUCAAUUUAAAUGAUCAUUGCCAUAGGCUUGUAACUACCAAUUUCUAAUCAAGAUAAAGACUUUGACAGUGAUAGUGAAA